AUGCGCAUUGCAACAUGGAAUGUCCGUACUAUGAGGACAGGCCUCCCGGACACCUGUGGAGGUUACGGAUACGCACAACAUCUGCGUAAAACUGCCGUGAUAGAUGCAGAGCUGAGCAGGCUUAACAUCUCUGUCUGCGCUUUGCAAGAGACCAGAUUACCCGACGAAGGCUCAUUGCAGGAGUCCUCUUACAAGUUCUUUUGGAAAGGAAAAGACUUUGGCGAUGCUCGUGAACACGGUGUUGGUUUUGCGGUCCGAAACGAUAUACUUUCCGCCAUUGAAACUCUAUGCGGCGUUUCGGAACGCAUAAUGGUCUUAAGACUAAAGAGCAGUCUCGGUCAUGUUACCCUAAUUGCUGCUUAUGCUCCGACAUUAAAAUCUUCGGACGAGUCAAAAGAGUAUUUUUAUAACCAACUGACCGAGACGGUGAAAACUGUUUCUAGUAGUGAUCGCCUGUACAUCUUGGUAAGCCUCAGUAACAGCCUGGAAUUGGUAAGUUGGCGGUGUUACACCCCCGUGCCUCGGAGAGCACAUAAAGCCGUCGAUCCUGCGCCUAACUCUCACCGGUCGUGUCGAGCAGUCGUCCCACCGGAGUACGAGAGUGACAGGAAUAGAGAGUGCACUUGUGUCUGCGUGUACACUUGUGCACUA